UUCAUUACUGCAAUGGAGCUUAUUACAAACGAUUAUAGGUUUCGGAGUUUCUCGUCUUUGUAUUCUCGUUUGGUAGCAUUCUGGAUGGCACUGUCCAUGAUAAUUUUGUUGGCUGUGCUGUUCUCUAAUUCUGAGGGAGGUGUUCUUGUGAUGAUGUUCAGUCUUUUUUGGUGUGUCAUGCUCUUUGCUGGUAUUAUUGCAUGUGCCGUAAUUCGGAAACAGAUUCGGGUUGGACUACGACAUUGUGUUCAGUCAGCUAAUGAAGUGCUCAUUAAAAACAAUAUAAUGGCUGGUGUUGAAGACAAAGGACAAUUGAGCUGCCAUAAAGUUGUGGUAGGCAUUGAAGAAAAGGCACGUCAACUUGUCCUCAAAUACAGUCAAGAUUAUGUAAAAAGCAGCGCGAGGUAUCGCAUUAUUUUCCCGAGUCGCCCUUCACUUGGUGUAAGUGAAUUCAACCCGAAGCAUUGUCCCAAGCAGCUUUGCCUUUGUCAGUUUAUCGAUAAGAAUCACUUCAAUCGUUCGCCCAGGAAGUGGUAUUCACAUCUUGUAUAG